AUGGAUUUGUUGGCGUCCACUCUCUCGAUAGCAUCAUCAGCUUCUGAAUCCAUUGCUCCAGCCGAACCGAGCACACCGGUGAGCUCUCAACAAGCAUCACCAGUGACGCAACAUUUGACAACACCGGUGGCUUCAUCGACAUCAGAGAAUAUUGAAAGGCCGUCGUUGUCUUACAAGGAUUUGAUCAUCGAAGCGAUUGAGAGUAGCCCGGAGAAGCGUCUGAAACUUAAUGAAAUCUAUCAGGUGAUUCGCCUUCUCCAUCCAUACUAUCGUCAUCGACCGGAUCAAUGGGGAUGGCAGAAUUCGAUCCGCCACAACUUGAGUCUUCACGACUGUUUCGUCAAAUUGCCGCUAAAACAGACCUCUGCCAGUGGUGUUGUUGGACACUAUUGGACUGUGGUCCCUGAGCUUAGCGACAAGCAAACCCUUCGACGACGCAAUCGUGCACAGGCAAGAACUUCAUCAAAGAAAAGUGAUGGUGGAAGAACGUUCUCACAUGGUGACCGGGCUAGCUCGGGAAGUGGUGACACCUCGCCAAGUCCAUCGGAUCCAUCGAUUAGUCCUCCACACGACUUACCGAAGCCGCUUCCGUCUUAUAUUGGAUUGGAUUUGAUCAGCAAUUUGAGCAAUAUGAGCGUUGAGUACAAGGCCUUGUUACUCCAAGCCUUUCUCUACCAGAAUGGAUUUCUUCAACAGUCCCUUCAGAACUUAAGUGAAAACGGUUCAUCUCCAGUGACUACCCUUCAUCAAGCACUUGCUAACACUCUUCUCAAUCCCCAUUUGAACCCGGUGCUGGCUCUCAACCAGAUCGCCAACACCCUUCCAUCUGCACCCGUUCAAGCACCAUCGAUGUCGCCAAUUAAGUCGGAACCGUCAUUUGUUUUGCAGUAG